CUUCUCACCCAUCCCAAUAGCCAUUCAUUCUUUUUCUUUCUUACUAUUCUUAUCACUCCACAUUUAAGUUUCUAUAAAAUCAUUAUCACAUUAUUUCUCAAACUUCUCUAGAAAAGUCCCUGAAUUUCCUUUUUUUUUUCUUUCUUUAGACUCAAGAACAAAUAUAAAAAGCCUAAAGUUUUAGCAUAAAAACCAGUUUAGUGUUUCUUGAUUAGUUACAAGGAUUUUCUGUCAUAGAAACAUAACAUUGUUGUUGUUGUGCUUCUGACAUUGUGGGUCAGAAUCUUUCUGGUUCUUUCUUUCCUUCAUUCAUGGGGUUGUUCUUAGCUUAGCAGACAAGCACUUUAAUUUAUUUUUAUUUUUAAAAAAAAAAAACAUUUUUCAUCAACUUUUGACAUUUCUUGAGGAAAGUUGUCAUAAUAAAUUCCAUUCAUUAUCACAACAAAAAUUUCUCAGUAUGAGCAAAGACUUGUUAAGAAUGAAGACUAAGCCAAAUAAGCCAAAUGGGAAUGGACUUUCAUCUUCAGGAUGGGAGAUGAGGCCAGGAGGAAUGUUAGUACAACAAAGAAGUUCUGAUUCAUAUCAAAGUUCAGUUACAGUUCCAACCAUUAAAAUCAAAGUCAAAUAUGGUUCAUCUUAUCAUGAAGUCAAAAUCAGUUCACAAGCAACUUUUGGGGAAUUGAAGAAAAUGCUAGCAGGUCAAACUGGAUUACAUACUGAAGAUCAGAAAAUAUUUUACAAGGAAAAAGAAAGAGAUUCAAGAAAUUUUCUUGAUGUUGCUGGUUUAAAAGAUGGAUCAAAACUUGUACUAAUUGAGGAUGAGAUAAGCAGAGAAAAGAGGUUUAUUGAAUCAAGAAGAAAUGCAAAAAUGGAGAAUGCAUCAAAGGAAAUCACAUCAAUUAGACUUGAUAUUGAUAAACUUGCUAAACAGGUUGCUAAUGUUGAAAUGGACAUUUAUGGUGGCAAGAAAGUAACAGAGACUUUGCUAUUGAGUUUGAUUGAAUUGUUAAUGACACAAUUGAUAAAAUUGGAUGGAAUUACUGCUGAUGGUGAUCUCAAAUUGCAGAGAAGAAUGCAGGUGAAAAGGGUGCAAAAAUACAUAGAGACACUAGACAUGUUGAAAAUAAGAAAUUCAGCCCUUGGAAAUCACAAUGCCAAAGUGCAAAUGCACCACAAAAAUGGAAUAUUCACAGGAAAAAUGCCAAAAUCCAUGUACUAUAAUCAAGAGCAGAGGAAGAGGGUUAGUUUUGCUGAUCAAAGAAAUCCAGGGCCAGUUGUGGUUACAACAAAAUGGGAAACUUUCUAAGAAUUGAUAAUAAAAAAGCCUAAGGAAUAUUAGUGUGUGCUUUGAAAAAAAUUAGGGGGUAAAAAAAAAUAAAUUUUGGUUUUAUGGAUUCAGUGUCUUCAUUCUUUCUCUAUUUAGAUUUUGACCCCAGUUGUUCUUGGGGUUAAAAGAUAAUGUGGUGAUUUCUUAUGUGGCCUUUGAAUCCUAAGUUGUAUAAAUGUGUGUGUAUAUAUAUAUGCCAGCAUCUGGUGGAUAUAGAUAAGUUUAUGGUUUUACUUGAA